AUGGCAGCAGCAGCACGCAGCUGUCUGUACGCCGGCUUCGUGUCAGUGCCGGAGUCGGAGUGGACAAAUGAAAUAAAAGCAGCAGCAGAAAAGGGAGUUACUCUCGGUUUGCAUCGGAGGCCCCCCUGGGCCGUGGGGGCCUCUGCAGCAAUUGGGGCUUCUGCUGCUUCGGGGCUGGUGGACGAAGACGCCCUCGUGGACCCCAGCGAGACCUACAAACCCUUGGGCAAAGGGCGGAGCGCGUGCGCGUCGCGGCCGCGGGCCUGCGCGAACUGCACCUGCGGCCGCAAGGAGGCGGAAGAAGCUGCAGCAAAAGAAGCUUUCAAAAAAGAACUGGAGAACGGACUCGUGCGGAGUUCCUGCGGCAACGUGAGUGCGCUGGGGUGGCUUCCGGCGUUUCGGCCCGGGGAGAAGGUGGAUCUGUCUUCGGAGGCUCGGGGCGGCGCUGCUGCUGCAGUUGCUGCUGCUGCUGCUGCUGCAGUUGCUGCUGCUGCGCAGCCAGCAGCGGACGCAGCAGCAGCAGGCGUGACUGUUGCGAAAGGCAGCAACAAAGUUUUGUUGACUUCUCUGGAAGACGACAUCUGA